UAAAAUACACAUGUCCACUUUAUAGUAUUUGAGGGAGAUUCUUACUAAAUAGAUUACGACUCUAUAGAAUUCGAGUGGGGAAGAUAAAAAGACAUUGGGUAAGUAUCAACCUUAUUAAAAUAGAAUCUGAACCAUAUCAUAAUUUGCAAAAGUCAAGUGUAUUACUAGAAUCCAGGUGUUUCAACGAUCCUCAGUUGUAGGAUAAAAAAUGCAGAUAAAUACUAUCCAAAUUGAUAUAUCUGAUCAAUCAAGUAAAUUGUGAUGCUCAUACUUUUAUAAUAGGGAGAGAAAUUCAACGAUCAAGAAUCUUUGAGUCUAUUCUUUGGAAUCACUAAAUUGUUUUCAUCUAACAAUGUGGAUCUCAGAAGAAUGAUCUAUUUGAUGAUUAAGGUAAGAAAUAAGGUUUAUUGAUUGUAGGAAUUCAAAGAUGAGAAUUCUAUGUAUGUAGUCAUUAGUUGUUUGGCCAAAGACAUUACUUCUAAGAAUGAUCUCUUUAGAAUUAAUGCCUUAAGAACACUUCCUUAUGUCCUUGACCAAUCCAAUCUAGUGUAAUUGGAUAGAUAUUUAAAAAAUGUAUUGAAUUGAGCAAUUUCAUAUAGGCAAUCCUUGAAAAGAGUUAACCAAUCUCAAGUGCUGCUUUAAUAGCUGGUUUGUAGAUUUUCAGAAUAAGUCCUGAUUUCAUUAGGAAGUGGACCAAUGAAGUUGCUGACAGACUCAACUCCAAAUAUCCAUAAAACAGUUUCCAUGCACUAUUGUUACUUCAUGAAAUCAAAAGCAAUGACAAAGUUACCUUCACCAAAAUCCUCACUGGAUUAACAAAAGAAACUCUAGUUCCCAUAGCCAACAUGCAAGUUAUUAGAUUCAUAAGAGAAAUCCUAAACACUGAUGAUCUAGAUUAACAAUAUGAAAAAGUAAGAAAACUCUGAUACUAUAUUUAGUUAUUCACAGAAUAUCUCCUAAGACAAAUACACAAGUCUCAAGAAAUUGUCAUUUUUGAAGCUUGUAAAGCAUUAUGCGAUUUGAAAUCACUAUCCAAUAAGGACCUUUAACCUCUUGUUUAGGUUGUGACUGUCUUCUUGCAAUCAAGUAAUGUGAUCAAUAAGUUUGUGGCCCUCAAAAUUUUAAAUAGAUUAAUAUAAAAUCCCAUCAGAAGAUCCCUCAUUUCAACUACACAAAUUGAACCACUCAUCUAGGAUUCCAAUAAAUCCUUGUCUUCCUUAGCCGUUUCCAUAUUAUUAAAGGUCUGCUAAGAAUCCAACAUCGAGAAACUCUUAGGCUAAAUAUUUGAAUACUUAAACGACAUGAGUGAUGAAUUCAAAAUUGAUGUCAUCAGAAGUGUCAAAGCAUUAGUAAAGAACUCCCCUUCCAAAUGGAAACCUAUUAUUAAUUUCCUUCAAUUAACCUUCAAAUGUGAGGCUUCAUAAGAAUUUAAAAAAUACUCAAUCGAAAUCUGUGAAUUUAUUAUUCACGAGAUCCCUGAAGCAAGAGAACAUGCCAUCAUGGCUUUAGCAGAUUACAUUGAGGAUUGCUAACACUCUUCAUUACAAUUAAGUGUAUUGAGUAUCCUCAAUAGAGAAGCUGCCAAGAAAUAAUGUCCAACUAGAGCUAUUAGAAUCGUUAACAAUAGACUUCAUCUUGAAGAUGCUGAAAUUAGAGCUGCAGCAGUUGGUGUACUUGGUAAAUUCCUUCUUCACUAUCCUAAUGAAAAGAAUAACCUUCUUGAAUUAUUAUCAGCAGCUGCCUUAGAUCCCGAUGAAGAAGUUAGAAAUCGCUCCAGAUUCUAUAUUAGUGAAUCAGCAGCACCAAAAGAAGAAAAUGCUCCUUUGUAAAUCGAAGAAUUAGAUGCAAUUGAAGCCUAUUUACAAUAAAAUAUUUAGGAAAUCUAGCAAUCUAAUGAGGAUGUAUUAUCGUUAGAAAAGAUUAUGGCUUAUGCUGAAUAAAACAAGGGAAAGAUUAAGAAGACUGAGGUGUUACAAGACUUAGUAGAAGAGGAAUUGAUUUAAACUCAUGAAUCUGAAUCUGGAUUUGAAACAUACAAGAAAUUAUUCAAGGAAAGCACAAUCUUUUGUGAUUAUGGAGUAUUAAGAAAAUCAUCAAGAGCUUAAAAUUUGACUGAUUCUAAAUGUGAAUAUUUAGUAACAGUGGUUAAACACUUUUUUGAUAAUCACAUAAUAUUGGAGUACAAGGUAAAGAAUACAUUAGACAAUGUUACAUUGAGUGAUGUCUCUUUGGAAUUGACAAUAAAGAAUGUCAAUCUUCAAUUUGAAAGAAUUGUGCCAGCAAAAUCAAUUCAACCACAAUGUGCAUCCAAUAUCUUAGUUGGAUUGCAAUUCAAUCCAAGUUUAAGAUUGGUCUCUUCUAAUAUUCAAAGCAUAUUGACAUUUACAGUGAAUGAAAACGGAACUACUUAUUAAGAUGAAUACUAGACUGAAGACUUUACUAUCACUUACAGUGACUUCUUCUUGCCUAUUUAAUGGUUUAAGUAAGAUUAAUAUUUCUAUAGAAUAGAAAAUUCCAGACUGAAUGGGAAUCUCUUAAAUCACAAGAAAUGUCUGCUACCUAUUAGUUGGAUUAUAAGAAUACUGAUAUAGCAAUAAAGGAAUUAGUGAAGCAUUUUGGUAUGAAUUUAUGAUUUAUCCAAUUUAGGAUUUUAAGUUUGUGAUAAUUCCGACUAAAUAUAGCCUUAAAAUAAGUUUCAUACUUUAUUACUAUCAGGCAAGUAUUUGGAUGUUAAGAAUGCAUUCGUGAUUUGUUAGAUUGGAUUUUAAUAGAAUAUUGGAUGCGUAUUAAAAAUAAAGUGUAAAUCUGAAGAUGACAACUUAAGUACAAACAUUGUAGAAACCCUUGGUUGA